AUGUUUCAAAAGCAGACUUUUGGCAGCAGUCCGUCUGGAUUUGGCACGUCUACGACCCCCUCCUUCGGUAGCUUCAAGCCGGCCACUGGGACGAAUGCCUUCGGAGCGUCACCAGCCUUCGGUGCCGCCUCCACCGCGCAGCCAACCACUGGCGGUGGUCUAUUCGGAUCCUCCAACACCAGCAGCGGCCUGUUCGGUGGUUCCACUGCUGCCACGUCCACCCCGGCCUUCGGCGCCACGUCUGGCGGCUUCGGCUUCGGCGGCGGCACCACCACCGGCGGUCUGUUUAGCAACAACCAGUCCACUGGUCUAUUCGGCAACACGCAGAACACCUCCGCCUUUGGGGCGAAACCCGCAGGUUUCGGCUUUGGCAACACUUCAGCAACUGGCACAACCAGCACCGGGCUGUUUGGUUCCACCCCAUCCACCAGCACUGGUCUGUUUGGACAGCAGAACACCACACUCGGUGGUGGUGGCCUUUUCACAAACACCGGAAGUACAUUUGGUCAGCAGCAACAGCCAACGGGCACUGGGCACACCAAGUACAACCCAGUCGUUGGCACCGAUGUGGUGGUCAAGUCUGGGGCGUCCCAGAAUGUCAACAUCAAGCACCAUUGCAUCACCUGCAUGAAGGAAUAUGAGGGGAAAUCGCUCGAGGAACUGCGUCUAGAAGACUACACCGCCGGACGUCGUGGCUCCACCACCGGCGUCUUCUCCGGUUUCCAACAGCCCACGGAAAACAAACCUCUCUUUGGAGGAUCAACCACCUUCGGUCAACCAGCCACCACCAGCGCGCCUCUCUUCGGCGGCGGUCUCUCCACCUCCACCUUCGGGCAGAGCAAUACUUUUGCUUUCGGCGGCGGCGCCCAGAACCAGACAACGUCUACGGGGCUGUUUGGGGCCAGCAAGCCCGCUUUUGGAACCACCACCACACCCGGCACCGGCAUCUUCGGAGCGGCGACGACCCAGACACCGACCUUUGGCACCACCACCCCCACCUUCGGCGGCUUCGGCACCAGCACGCAGAACCAGAGCACGGGCCUGUUCGGCGCGAAGGGCGGCGGCUUCGGCGCGGCGCCGGGCGGCUUCUCGGGCUUCGGCGCGGGCUCGGGCGGCGCGCUGUUCGCCAAGCCGCAGCAGGCCGCGGCGCCGCCGCCGUUCGGCACGCUGUCCACCGGCUUCGGCGCCAACACUUCCACCACCGGCUUCUUCGGUGGCCUCUCCAAGCCCAACACCACCCCACUGCUGGGCGGCCAGCAGCAGACCACUGGCUUCGGUGCCGGUUUGGGCGCCGGUCUGGGCACCUCGUUCCAGGCCAAGCCGGCGGCGCCUGCCUUCGGUGGACUGCAGAACACCUUCCAGCAGCCGCAGCAGAACACUUUCCAGGGCUCCCUGAACUUGGGCGGCGGGAUGUUCGGGAACAACUCCGGCCUCGGCACCGGCCUCUCUAUGGGCGGCCUGGGCACUAGUGCAGCGGCCCCGCAAAUGGGUGGCAGCGCUGCCGGCAGCGGGGUCCACGAGCAGAUCCUGACCCUGGCUGCGCGCCCCUACGGAGACUCGCCCCUCUUCAAGGACCUGCUCCCUGACUCUGCUUCACCGGCCGACGAGGCGCUGAAGCCGACCAACCCUGCCGCCCUGAAGACCGCCCUGGACAACGCGUACAAGGUGGCCUCUCCGUCUUCCGGCCGGCUGAGGGUGCUGCCACGGCCCACCAUCUCCCACGACAAGAAGUCCCUGUUCGACGGCCUUGAGGAGUCGGACGCCAGCCUGGAGGACAAGCUGUCCCUGCGGCCGAGCAGGAAGCGGCUGGUGCUGAGGCCCAGCGCCAGGCCGGGCGACGAGCCUGUCGCCGGCGAGGGCGACAGGUCGCUGGAACAACCCACCUCACCGGGCGAGUCGAAAGUCGACUAUUCGGAGAAGAGCGGUCCGGCUUCGAACCAGGGACCGAGCCCGCCCGCCAGAAGCGAGCACAACGGCGUCCACGAUGCCAGUCCUGACGUGAACUCCGAGAAGCACGGGAACUGGCUGAGUGGCAGCAAGGUGACCUGGGCCGACAAGGAGAAGCAGACGGAGAAUGACUCUACGCCGCGACUGUACCCCAACUUGGACAAGGAGAUGUCGCAGACAACGGACAGACGCGCAAGCUGGUUGACGACGAAGCCGCUGCGAAAGCCGCUGGCUUCGAACCCGGACGCGGCUGAGAGCUCGGUGCGAGAGCUGGCCAUUCGACCGGAGCGCGCCUCGCUCGACAAGGAGAAUGUCGACUCGGGCUCCGUGUCCGAGGAGGAGAACGCGAUCGACGGCGACGCGCCUCCCCACCCGACCGGCAUCAAACUUCGACGCCCCGGUUACUACACAAUACCAUCGCUGGACGAGCUAAAAGAGUACAUUCGCCCGGACGGCAGCUGCGUGGUGCCGCACUUCACUAUCGGCCGCCGGAACUACGGCAACGUGUUCUACGACUGCGAGAUGGACGUGGCCAACCUCGACCUGGACGCGCUCGUGCACUUCAUGAACAAGGAGGUGAUCGUGUACCCCGAGGACGCCGCGAAGCCGCCCGUGGGCCGCGAGCUGAACCGGCGCGCCGUCGUCACGCUGGACCGCGUCUGGCCGCGCGACAAGACGCAGCGGCGGCUCAUCGUCGAGCCGGAGAGACUCCUGAAAAUGGACUACGAGGGAAAGCUGAGGCGCGUGUGUGAGAAACACGACACUAAGUUCAUCGAGUAUCGCCCGCAGACUGGCAGCUGGGUGUUCAGGGUGGAGCAUUUCAGCAAGUACGGGCUGACGGAUUCGGACGAGGAAGACGAUCCCACUCCCGACGUGCUGAAGAGGCAGCUCGCCGCCCAGCCCCAGCAGCCGCCGCCCACCGCUGCGAAGCAAGCGGCUGCAGUGCAGACCGCCAGCCCGGUCGGUCUCGGCGGUCUCGGCGGGUCCGGCGGUCUCGGUGGGUCCGGCGGUCUCAGCGGGUCCGGCGGUCUCGGCGGGUCCGGCGGUCUCGGUGGGUCCGGCGGUCUCAGCGGGUCCGGCGGUCUCGGUGGGUCCGGCGGUCUCAGCGGGUCCGGCGGUCUCGGUGGGUCCGGCGGUCUCGGUGGGACCGGCGGUCUCGGCGGGUCCGGCGGUCUCGGCGGUCUUUCCAGCUUCCCGGCGGACGGCGCUAGUUCCGUUGCCGAGGAUAUGUUCUCGAUGCAACGCACCAGCCUCGACCUCCUCAACGCGACGGAGAAAGCGUACGAGAUGGACACAACUGAGGACAGCGGGGAGGCACCCACCCUGUACCCAGACAGCCUCGCAUUCGGCGUGAAGAGUCCAACAAGCGAGCUGGCGAGGCUCGAGCACCGGCAGAGCCACAGUGUGCAACUGAUGAAGGCCUCCCUAUAUGCGGACAUUGACAUGGACGAGGCUGUCUCGGAGUCGACGGGCGACCAGCUCGUGCCGAUGAGCGGGGUCGGCAGCGCCCCAUCGCUGUCAGCCAGGCCGGAGAUCUUGUCGCGGGACGACGAGCUCGUCGCCGCCCCGCAGCCGCCGACGGAGGAGGCGGUUAUGAGGCCCCUGGUGGUUCGGCCUCACAGCGUUGUGCUGAAGUACCAUAGGAAGGUGCCACCCUUCAAGGAGACCAUAGCAGGUCGGCUGGACGGGCGGUGCCUGGCGGACGUGUCGGUGAGCCUCGCCCGCCACGCCAGGGUCGGCUUCGGCCCGCGGAACCAGCUCGCCUUCGCCACCUCCCACCGCUCGCUGGCGGACCUGCCACGCUAUCCCCAACCUAUCUCGGAGAUCCCCAACCUAUCUCGGAGAUCCCCAACCUAUCUCGGAGAUCCCCAACCGAUCUCGGAGAUCCCCAACCUAUCUUGGACAUCCCCAACUUAUCUCGGAGAUCCCCAACCGAUCUCGGAAAUCCCCAACCUAUCUCGGAGAUCCCCAACCUAUCUCGGAGAUCCCCAACCGAUCUCGGAGAUCCCCAACCGAUCUCGGAGAUCCCCAACCGAUCUCGGAGAUCCCGAACCGAUCUCGGAGAUCCCCAACCUAUCUCGGAGAUCCCCAACCGAUCUCGGAGAUCCCCAACCGAUCUCUGAGAUCCCCAACCUAUCUCGGAGAUCCCCAACCGAUCUCGGAGAUCCCCAACCUAUCUCGGAGAUCCCCAACCUAUCUCGGAGAUCCCCAACCUAUCUCGGAGAUCCCCAACCUAUCUCGGAGAUCCCGAACCGAUCUCGGAGAUCCCCAACCUAUCUCGGAGAUCCCCAACCUAUCUCGGAGAUCCCCAACCUAUCUCGGAGAUCCCCAACCUAUCUCGGAGAUCCCCAACCUAUCUCGGAGAUCCCCAACCGAUCUCGGAGAUCCCCAACCUAUCUCGGAGAUCCCCAACCUAUCUCGGAGAUCCCCAACCUAUCUCGGAGAUCCCCAACCUAUCUCGGAGAUCCCGAACCGAUCUCGGAGAUCCCCAACCUAUCUCGGAGAUCCCCAACCUAUCUCGGAGAUCCCCAACCUAUCUCGGAGAUCCCCAACCGAUCUCGGAGAUCCCCAACCUAUCUCGGAGAUCCCCAACCUAUCUCGGAGAUAGCACCACGAUCAACUGAUGACUACUUUUUUUUAGCGAUUGGUCUUACGCCAAAGGCGGCCGAGCUCAGCGAGAUCGGGCGCUACACUCGCGGCCGCGGCGAAGACGACUGGAGCGAGCCGGUGGUGGCCAGAUUGGCCAUAGGCCAGGAGCCCACCGACCCGCAGGACGCCCUGCCUGCGCAGAUGGAGUGCCUCUUCGAGUUCUGCAACCUGGUGGAGGAAGGCGACUGCCCCAGGCUGGUGGUGGACUCGGAGCCGGAGCGGAGGCUGGGGCUGCUGCGGCAACUGCUCAAGCACGCGGAGAGCGAGACGGGCGACACCUACCGGCUCCAGGUGUGGAAGCUCUGCGAGGCGCUGUGGGCGGCUGACCUGGAGAAUGGGGGCAUCCCGGGCGCGGACGUGUCAUCGUCGGUGCUCCGCCAUCGCAGGCUGCUGCGCUGGCUGCAGCAGGCCACCGAGGAGGCCACUCGCCGGGACCUGGAGGCGACGGCGCGAUCUGACCCCCUCGACGAGUCCGACGGGCACAGCGGCCGCGUGUGGAGCCUGCUGGUGGGCGGUCGCGUGUUCGAAGCGUGCAAGGUGGCGCGCGAGAGCGGCGACCUGCACAUGGCCACCCUACUCGCCCAGGUCGCCGGCAACCCCACUUUCCAGUCGCUGGUGGCGAAGCAGCUGCACCUGUGGCGCGAGUGCGGCGCCUCCGAGCUGGUGGCGGAGCCGCGGCUGGCGGCGCUGCACCUGGCGGCGGGGCUGCGCCCCCCCGGCGCCCUGGAGCGCCUCGACUGGCUGCGCGCGCUGCACGCCACCGCCAGAUACCUGUGCCCGCAAGUGCCGCGCCUGGAACAGGUGGUGCGCGCCUACGAGGGCUACUUCGGCGCGACAGGCUCAUCGCGCCCGACGGGAGGCGACGAGCUCGACGCCGGCGAUGAGCUGGUCGCCGGCGACGAGAUGGGCAUGCGGCCGCCGCUGCCGCCCUACUGCGACCGCUACGAGCGCGCGGUGGACGGCGACGGCAGAAAUCGACGCGUUCUGGACCUCCGCUACGAGCUGAUCCGAGCGAGGGCUUUCAACUGCCGUCCCAAGCUCCAGCCCGCUGCGUAUACCGCUGAUCCUCUGGACUACAGCCUAUGCUUCCUGGUGGGCGCGUGGCUGGGCGGGCCGAGCGGCGAGAGCGUGGAGGGCGUCGCGCAGCAGCUGGAGGCGCGCGGCCACUGGCACCUGGCGUUGCAGGCGCUGGCACACCUGCCACAGCGCGCCAGACGGGCGCGGCUGAUGCGCGGCGUGCUGGACAGGAACGCUCCGAGCCUGGCGGAGGGCGAGCAGCUGCGGCGGCUGAGGGCGGCGCAGGCGCUGAGGCUGCCCGGCGCGUGGCUGCUGCUGGCCCAGGCCCACCGGGCCAAGUACGAGCACAAACCGAUGCUGGAGCUGGAGCACCUGGUGGGUGCCCAGCAGUGGAACGCCGCCCACAGGCUCCUAGUGGAGGAGCUCCUCGCGGAGGUGGUGCUUUCCGAUAACAUCCAGAGCGUGAGGCCGAUGCUGUUGAAGAUGCGAGAGGCGGCCGAGAGGCACAAGAUCAGCGGCUGGGAGGCUGGAGGCAGCGCGCUGUACCACUACAUGCACGUCUGCGACGAGGUGCGCGGGCUCGUGUCGGCGGCGGAGGGCGGCGCCCCGCUGCAGGCGCGCCUCGAGGCGCUGCGCCCCCGCCUGGCGGCCGCCUGCGCCGCCCUGGAGCGCCUGGCGCCCAGGGGCGGGCGUGGAGCGGCUGCGCGUGCCGAGAUGGGCGGGCGGCUGGUGCAGCUGGCGCUGGCGGGGGGCGAAGCGCCCAGGCGGCUGGCGGCGCUGCUCGGCGCCCUGCGGCUGCCGCCGGACUGCGCCGCGCUGGCGCACCGCAAGAUCACCAGCGAGCUGGCCGAGCAGGCUUCGGAGCUGUGCCUCGACUCGCCGCCCCCUCACCCCGCCGCGCCCCACCGCGCCCUCCGCGCC